AUGACACGAUCCAAGACCUUCCAGGCUUACCUGCCCAGCUGCCAUCGUACCUACAGCUGCAUCCACUGCAGAGCGCACCUGGCUAACCAUGACGAGCUCAUCUCCAAGUCUUUUCAAGGAAGUCAAGGCAGAGCUUAUCUGUUCAACUCAGUAGUGAAUGUGGGCUGUGGGCCAGCGGAAGAGAGGGUUCUGCUAACAGGUUUACACGCCGUAGCAGAUAUCUACUGUGAAAACUGCAAGACCACUCUUGGCUGGAAAUAUGAGCAUGCCUUUGAGAGCAGUCAGAAGUACAAGGAGGGAAAGUUUAUCAUUGAGCUGGCCCACAUGAUAAAGGACAACGGUUGGGACUGA